AUGGGCAACACCGCUUACGCAGCAAGUGAGGCUGCGGAGACGCAUGCUGGGCCGGUCGGGGUUUACCCGCACGGAAAUCAUCCACACGGUGCGGUGGCCUCGCACUUUCUUGCACAGGAUCCGGAGGUAUAUGGCGGGCAGACGUGGAUGGAUUUCCUGAGGGAAUCUGGAGCCGACCGACAUGUCAACCCCAACGUCCCACAACCACGCAACCUUCCCCUACUGCCCGGGCUUGAGUCGCAAGCUUCGUCCUCAAGAUACUCGCUCCCCGCACGUCCAUCGCCUACCAGCGAGGCGCCGUCACGCAGCUCCUCCGACAGGAAACGGAGGUUGACAGCAGCCGAGUCUCCUGUGAGGCGACCCUCCGGUAUCAGAAUGCAUUCGGGAACUGUAGGCGGUACUAGUUCGGAUCCCAUUGUGCUCGACUCGUCUCCCGCUCCGCCUCGCCCUCCUCCACCACCCUCGUUCCCGUCACAGACCAGCAGGAGUUCGAUGAGGCGGGAGAGCGACAUUGUGCUACCUCCAUGGCAGCCUGACUCGGAAGUUACGCACUGUCCAGUCUGCGGAAGCCGCUUCACAUUCAUCUAUCGGAAGCAUCACUGCAGAAAAUGUGGAAGGGUGGUGUGCAAUGCAUGCUCGCCUCAUCGCAUCACUAUCCCGCGCCAGUUCAUCGUCCAUCCGCCCUCCGACAAUCCCAACAUCAUCGACCUGACAGCGGAAGAUGAUGACAAUGCAAUGUCGGCUUUCGGGCCGUUCCGCAACCCAGCGCUAGGUGGAGGCGAAGAAGUCCGCGUUUGCAACCCCUGUGUCCCGGAUCCCAACUUCAGUCCGCCGCCCCAGUAUAAUCAAGGCCACCCUCCACCGUAUUCAGCCUAUUCGCCCCCUCUGCACCCGCCUGUACUUCCAGGGCCUAGCCCGCUGCAUCGCAUGCAUUCCAGACACCGAUCAUCACAGAGUGUUAACGACGGGGCGCAAACGAUAAGCCACGGGCAAACGUCUCGCCAACAUGAUCCUUUCAGUGACCGGAGAGUCAGCUUUCACAAUAGCACGCGUGUUGCGGACUUGUGGCCGCCAACACAACCACCCCAGUCUGGCCAUGCGCAUCCUGCGCAUCAUGAUCACCAUGCCAGAGCGCAUUCACGGCCAACCUCUUACGCCGCGCCCUCCACACAUGCGCAACCCGAUUCAGGAAGCUACACCGGCCCCGGAAUGUUCAGACGGACUCUUUUCUCGCAGGCUCCUCCCGCUCCGCCUUCCGCCCCGCAACCCGCUCCGCGUCGCCAAAUCGCCGAGGAAGACGAGUGUCCCAUCUGCGGCAAUGAGUUGCCUCCGAAAGGACCCAACGGGGACGACACAGCGCGCACCCAGCACGUCGAAGCCUGCAUCGCCGAACAUUCCUCAAGUCCUCCACCGAUACGCCCCACAGCCCAAACCUCAAGCAGUCUUCCCAACCAACGCACCCGUGGCAUGAGCAACGCCGCCGAUGCGUCCGGCAAUGGCGAGGGUGCGAGCAACAGUAAUCGGCUUAGCAUUAUGGCGCGCGGCAUGUUUCCAUAUGUGGCGACGGAGAAGGACUGUGUGGACGAGGAAGGGAAGGAGGCGGAGUGUAUUAUAUGCUUCGAGGAGUUUGAGCCAGGGGAUAAGUUGGCGAGACUUGUGUGUUGGUGUAAAUUCCACGAGGCUUGUAUACGGCAGUGGUGGGAUAAGAAGGGGCGCGGUGCAUGUCCGACGCAUCAGCUGCAGUAUUAG